AUACAGUAGGACGGUUCGAAAGAAUGUCGGUUGCAGUAGUUCAUCGGAGACGAAGGGGCUUGCACAGGACAGUAUAAAAUGGAGAGCUGUACCAAACCAGCCCUAGGACUCCUGAAGAUUACGCCAACAACAUGCAUUCUUAUGAACUUUGAGUUUUCGACUAUACUCUUUGACUGCUUCGAAUCUGAAGUAUUGUUUCUGCACGGGCGUCAUUGUGUGGUGUUUGUAAAUAUGAAGCAGUAGUUGAAAACAUCGUUAGAAUUAGGUUUAGUUGUUAGUGGAGAUGGUGUAGCUACUCGUUGGGUUUGUACCGCCGAACAUAAACAGGACCAUGGCUGAAGUGAACAUAAGUCCCGAUGAAGAAGAACGUGUCCAUUUCAGAAGAAUAGUUGCUGCCUUUAAAUGUUAUAGAGAAAUGUAUGAAACGAGACUAAGGAGGGCAGAAACAAAUUUGAGAAAACUUUCUGCAAGGCACCAACAGCUCUUACAAAGUUAUAAAUUGCAUCUGCGCAGCGUCAGAGAAUGUAUUGAGAAAAAUGCUGAGGUUCUUUCAGCAUUUGUUCAAGAUGCUUAUGCACUGUUUGACAAUGCGGAGGAAUUUGAAAGAGGUGGACGUGAUGAGCCACCUACCUGGCAAGACAUUGAGAAGCUGCAGGCAACAUUGAAAAGUGUGUAUCGCGAUUGGACUGUUGAGGGAGCUCUUGAGCGGGACCAAUGUUAUAAACCAAUACUUGAAGCUAUUGACAACCAUUUCUCCACUGAAAAGGCACUUCGUCAGGAGAUUAAAAUAUUAGUCCCAGGUGCUGGGUUGGGUCGUCUGAUGUUUGAAGUAGCGUGCCGAGGCUACAGCUGCCAGGGUAAUGAAGUCUCAUAUUUCAUGUUGUUAUCAUCAUAUUUUCUAUUAAACAGGUGUCAUACAGCACAUAUGUUUACAAUUUACCCAUGGGUACAUAAUUUUGCAAACAACCUGACCUGUGAGUCCCAAACUCGAGGUGUCACAUUUCCUGAUGCUGUUGCCAGCGAAAUCUUGAGCUCUUCCGACCUCAUGUCUAUGGCUGCCGGAGAUUUUAUGGAGAUUUAUCAUGAAAAUGCUUACUGGGACUGUGUAGCAACUUGUUUCUUUAUUGACUGCUCAAGUAAUGUUGUAGAUUGCAUAGAGAAGAUAUACAGCAUUCUCAAACCAGGUGGCAUAUGGGUGAACUUGGGCCCAUUAUUGUAUCACUAUUCAGAUGCAACUACAAAACAGCCCCUGGUGGAACCUCCAUUUGAUAUAGUUCUGAGCAUUAUUAAGAAAUUUGGAUUCGAUGUGCAGACUGUAAGAUAUAAUGUGGAGAGUACUUACGCGCACAACACAGAAUCAUUAUUGCAGUAUAAAUACAAGAGUAUAUUUUUUGUCUGCACUAAACCUGUACCAGUACAUCAGAUGGAAGCGCAUGCUGUGGUUGAAGAAAAUGUGGAAAAUGCUGCUGGAACUAGUUCUUCCCAAAGUGAAAAUGAUUCAUGUACAAACCCGACAGCUUCAUCUGAAUCACACACUAAGAAGAGAAAGUCGAAACCAAAUUCUGAAGAAACACAAGAUAAUUCAGAUUCACCUACGAGUGAUGUACAAAGUGAUAAAUAGCAACAUGAUUCUGACGUAAAUACUACUGACUGAAAAGAAAGAGGAAAUAGAAUGUAAACCCUGGGGCAACAUUAAUCCUCACAUUCCUUGAAUCGUUGUAUUUCUGAAGCUUCCACUAAACAGAAGUUUCUUUCACAUCAUUAACUGGGUGUGCACAUUUUCCCACAUAUUAUGCCACGUGGGAAAUUUUAUUUUAUAUACAUAUUAUAUUUGAUCACUUCAUAUAAACUGUCUAUUUGCAUUUCUUCCUUUUGUCAGUAUCAUUAAGCUCCAUUACAUAACUCUGCCAUACAGCACAAUUUCUCCAUCUUCUAUGAAACUUCCUGGCAGAUUAAAACUGUGUGCCCGACCGAGACUCGAACUCGGGACCUUUGCCUUUCGCGGGCAAGUGCUCUAC